CAGUGUUGCUUUGUUGGAGGACUCCCAGGUGGUGGUGGAGGCAGCAGCAGCAGCAGCAGCAGCAGCAGCAACAUGGGAAAGAAAUCUCUUUGUCUCCUGAUUUCUUGUGUCCUUAUUGCCUACUAUUCCUACACUCCUAUCCCAGAUAAAAUUGAACAACAGUGGGAACUGAUGAUGAUCUGGAAUUUCAUGAGGAUCCAGAUGCAUAUAUCAACACUUCUGGAAAUGCUGGGAUUUCGGCCUUUUGUACUCUCAGAUUUACUUAAAGUACCACCAAUCUCAGAUGAAAAUGUCACAGUGACAGAUACCCUGUUCAACAAUGUUCCAGUCCGUGUCUUUGUGCCAAAACAGAAGUCAUCUACACUGAGGAGGGCUGUGUUUUAUGUUCAUGGUGGUGGCUGGGCUACAGGAAGUGCUGCUUGGGGUCCUUAUGAUGAAUUGGGAAGAUGGAUGGUGGAAAGGCUCGAUGCUGUGGUUGUAUUGACUGACUACAGACUGUCACCCCAGUAUCACUUCCCAACCCAGUUUGAAGACGUAUAUGAUGCUUUGAGGUGGUUCUUAAGGAAGAAAGUCCUUGCUGAGUAUGGUGUGGAUCCUUCCCGCAUCUGUAUUGCAGGAGACAGUGCUGGGGGGAAUUUAGUCGCAGCUGUGAACCAGAAGCUCCUCAAUGACCCAGAAAUCAAGAUCAAAGUCAAGAUUCAAUCUUUAAUUUAUCCUGUUCUUCAGGCCCUUGAUAUGGACUUACCGUCACAUCGAGAAAACAUCCAUAUGGUCAUCGUGGAAAAAGAGCACUUGGUUGAGUUUUGGAGCAGGUAUUUCACCUCAGACAAGGCUUUACUGGAGGCCAUGGUGGCCAACCAACAUACACCUGUGGAAUCUAGCCAUCUCUUCAAGUUUGUUAACUGGAGUACCCUGCUGCCUGAGAGGUUCAAAAAAGGACAUGUGUAUACCACCCCAAUUCAUGGACCCUCUGAGCUUGCAAAAAAGUACCCGGGAUUUCUGGAUGUCCGAGCAUCCCCCUUAUUAGCUGAUCAUUCUAUAUUACGGCGUUUACCCUUGACUCAUAUCCUCACCUGUCAGUAUGAUGUUGUAAGAGACGAUGGCCUCAUGUACCUCUCCCGCCUCAGGGCUGCAGACGUCCGGGUAGUCCAUGAACAUGUGGAAGAUGGGUUCCAUGGGAUCCUGUCAUUUGGUAGCAGUCUAAUAAAUUUUAGGGCAGGUAAAAGGGAAGUGAACAAGUAUCUGAAGUGGCUAAAGGAGAAUCUCUAGUGAUGCUUCGUAUGUUCCAUUCAGCCAAGAGCCAGUCCUUCCUUUAUUCAAGUCAAAGUGUUGGCCGCUGGCAGGAUUUGAGUGGGUUAGGAGGGGAUACCAAUAGGACUAGGACAUGGUUGUGGGUGCCCUGGAGAUAAGCUUUGUAUACAAAGAAGAAGAAGAUGUGUGCUGGCAUAUUACUAAAUCAAUCAUCCUAAGUGCUUCGGGGAAGGUCAAAGGAUAAGAGGGUUAAAUGAUAUGGGGAUCCAGGAAUGAUCAGCUGAACUGCUCUCUCUACCUUGAGCAUUCAGCCUUCUGCACAUGCCAACCUGAGUUAUGAAGAAGAAAAUGGAAAAUGACCUUGCCAACCUUCAAACACUGUAUUGUAAGAUUUCAAUCCACAUCAACAAGUCCAAGUAUUAGCUUAAUAAAGUUUAUUAAUAAUCAUUUAAAGUAGAAGGAAUAAAAAGGAAAUAGAAGUAGCAAAACCUAGUUAUCUAACAAAAAUAAGACCACGUGAUUAAGUUCUGCCUGGACCAAAAGACAGCUUCUGCAGCCUCGAUUAUAGAAAGAGAAAGUGAGAGAGCAGAGCUACAAAAACCUUACAUCCCUCCUUCAUUUGCAUGAAACAUGAGAGAGAACAUGGGAAGCUGGGAUUUAGAGCUCUGGGGAGCAAAUCCUAAUUACACAAUAUAAGCAUCAGUGGUUAUUGUUGUAGUGGUGGUUUUAUGAUUAUUAUUUACAACUUUUACUUUCUGUCUUAGAAACAACUCUAAGCCAGAAGGGCAAGGACUAGACAAACAACGUUACUGACUUGUCUUGGGUCACAUAGCUAGGAAGUGUUUGAAUCCCAAUUGAACCCAGGUCCUCCUGAAUCCAGGUAUGGUCCACUAUCCACAGUGCCACCUAGAGGCCCCUUUGGUUUUUAUUAUUACCAGCCCCUCCAAUUAAGCAAGUCCAAAAUCAAUAUCAUUUUCCUUUGCUUUAUUAUAAGCCUGCUUGAACUUGCAUCCUACCUGUUUUUGUGAAUGCCCAUAAGAUUUGAAACUUCCAAGUCUAGUUUUGCUCUUCCUUCUCCCAUUCCUUACCACCAUCCAAACAAUUGCCCAGAGCUGCUGAUUCUACCUCCUCAUCUCUCCCCCCAGCCCCUCUUCUAUUAAUUCACUACCACUCCUCUAGCCAAUCCUUCAUUGACUUUCUACUGGACUAUUGUUCUAUCUUCCCCUCUACUUUUUCUGCUGCCUAUCUCUCUUCUCUUCAAUCUAUCCUUCAUGUGCUACCCAGCUUAUUAUUUUUUAAAGUUCCCAAAUAAUGAUGUACUUCUCUUUAUCAAAGAGGAUAACAUUUUCCCAUUAAGAUGAGGGAAAAUUUUUCAUAAAUAUAUAAAAUUGAAAAUUUAUAUAGACUUUCCAAAACAGGUUUGUAUCAAUUGAGAGACAGAACUGUGGACUGGAGAAAUGUGCUAAUCAAAGAAAAAUUUCUGCCCUUUGGUUAGAACUGGAUUUGAACCUUCUUAAUUUCAAUCACUCCUCAGUUGGCUUUCUAAUUCUUCAUCCAUUUUGUUGCCUUCUAAUCAGGUUUGUGCUAGGGCAUUUUCAAUAACUAACUCUUUAAAUAUAGCUGGCAUGCUUUUUAAGUUUAAUCUAUAUAUUAACAUCUGUCUGGAUUUUUCUUAAGUCCAGCAGUAAAAAAUAACACAUCACACCCUGAUUUGUAAUAUUUGCUCAUUUUUGAGGGGGAAAUGCUCAUACUGAAAAAAUUAAUAAUUAUCUCUGGAAUUUUGAGCUGAAACAUUCCUCCCUCUAAUCAUGGUUGACCCUCCAUACUUUGCCCUCCUCUCUCUUAUUCUCUCUUCCCAUCUUUUCUUUUUUGUUUGUUCAGUAUUGCUGCUACAGAAUGGCAUCCAAAUUUUUAGUACAGUACUAAUUCGUCUCUAGACUUCCAGAUCUAUUUUUUCUCUCUGCGCACUAGAAAUUUCCACUUGUGUAUUCUUUGGGCACUUCAAAGUCAAUGUAUCCAAAGCUGAAUUCUCAUUUUUUACCUUCUAAAACAGUUCCAUUCUAUAACUGAAUCACCUUGGGCUCUUGGGACACAUUGACCUUUCACAAUUAGUCACUAAUAAGUCUUGCCAAUUUUACUUCCAAAGCAGAUCUCACAUAUAUCCUAUUUUCUUCACUCAGAUGGCCAACACCUUGCUGAGAUACUAAUUACUUCUCACCCAAGACAUUGUACUAGUCUCCUAAUAAGUUGUCCUUUCAGUAGCCUCCCCUAUCUAAUCCAUGUUCUAUGGAGCUGAUAAAAUUAUCUACUGAAGAUACAUCCCUGAGAAUGUCAGUCCCCUGCUCAAAAUCCUUCAUUGGUUCCCUAGUAACUUUAGGACAAAAUAGCUCAACCUGAUCUUUAAUGCUUUCUAUCAUCCAGCCCUGACCUAUCUUUUCUCCAUUCUGCUUUGAUCCUCAACAUUUGGGCUCUUUGCUCUCUUUGAGCUCCUCUGUUUCCAUGUAGUGACCCAGGUAAUCCCCAGGAUGUACAAUACAAUCUCUCCUCAUCUUUAACUGUCUGCUUCCUUGUUUUUCUUCUUUGCUCAGUUUCAGUUUCAAAAAUUCCACAAAACCUUCUCUAAUCCCCAUAAUUACUAGAGUCCUUUUGCUGCCCAAAUCACUGUGUAGUUGACUUAAGUAUAUUAUUGUUGUAUCCUCUCUUCCUCCUCCAAGGAGAAUGUGGGCUUGUUGAGGGCAGGGAAAUGACUAGAAUUCAAAUUUUGAUUUUUUUUUCCCAUUCAGUGGUUGUCACAUUAGGCAAAUCAUGCCAUCUUCUGAGCCCUGUUUCCCCCUUCUAUUAAAAGAAGAGAUUGGAUGUGCAUAUACCUCAAAUCUCUUUCCGCUCUAAAGUUAUGAUAUUAUCAUUAACUCAUCAGUGAAAUCCCUUCUAGUUAUAUAUCAGGUACUCAAAUUCAGGACCUCUCACUCCAAGUCUAGGACCAUCUUCACUGUACUCCACUAUUAUUUUAUGAGAAGAUUUAUUUCUGAUAUUUGUGCUUCUUUGCACUCUGCAGUGGCUCAUUAGCAAUCCCUUCUUCUGAAAUCAGACACAAAUAUCAGUUAAAGUCCUAUAAUAUUUAACAACCAAAGGCAGGUUUCCAUAGUUUAAAGCUUUGGGUAUGCAAUGUUAUUAGGACUAAUAGGUAUUAUAAACUUAUCCUUCAAAACCAAAACAUCAAAAUAUCAAUUCCAUUUACUCAAGGUAAAAAAAAAAAUAGGAAAAAUCAAAUUCCAAUUGGGAAGAAAGAAAGAAAAAAAGAAAAAAGAAAAUCAUAUUGCACAUUCCAUUAAGCAGUGGGUCAGUCAAACAUAGGCAUAACAAAAGAAUAUAUAACUCAAAAGUGAAAGCUGGGGGCAGCUGUGUAGCUCAGUGGAUUAAAAGUCAGACCUAGAAAUGGGAUGUCCUAGGUUGAAAUCUGGCCUCAGAUACUUCCCAGCUGUGUGACCCUGAACAAUUCACUUGAUCCCCAUUGCCUAGCCCUUAUCACUCUUCUGCCUUGGAACCAAUACACAGUAUUGAUUCCAAGACAGUAGGUAAGGGUUUAAAAAAAUAUGAAAGGUAUUUCUUCUAUAACUUGAUCAUAAUCUAUAGUGUGAGUGCACAUAAUUUUUUUCACCUGGUAAAAGCUGCCUUGAGUGGGAAUUUCCUUUAGGGAGAAAAUGCCUGUACUAGAGUUGUCUAUGGUGUCUGGUGCUUGCUUUGUUGUCUGAGUGGAUAUGGAGCACAAAGACUGUGGUUUGGGGGGGGAAGGGGGAGAAAGGUAGAGAUGAGCUGGACA